AUGGCAGUGGCAGGAGCUGACAGGACAUUCCGGAAGGCAAUGAAGAAAGGCAGCAAGUUGGUCAGAUGCACUGACCAUAACUUGUUUGUUGAUACUGAGAUCCAGAUUAAGUUUCACAAGAAAAGGAUGUUUUUGAUGUCAGUGCUGUCAGUUAACCACCGUCAUCACGUAACUGAAGUAGCAACAGCAUUGGAGAUGAAUGGAGUUCUAAAGAACAUGCUUUCAGAGUGGUUCUCGACAGGAUUCCUGAACUUGGAACGGGUCACUUGGCAAUCACCUUGUGAAGUACUCCAGAAAAUUAGUGAUUCUGAAGCUGUGCAUCCUGUUAGAAACUGGGUUGAUAUGAAGCGUCGAGUUGGGUCUUAUAGAAGAUGCUACUUUUUUUCUCACUGUGCAAUCCCAGGAGAACCAUUGAUAGUCUUGCAUGUUGCACUAACCAGUGAUAUCUCCAGCAGCAUCCAGGCCAUAGUGAAAGAAGUGCCACCUUUAGAAACAGAAGAUACAGACAAAAUUACAACAGCAAUUUUCUACUCAAUCAGUUUGACUCAGCAGGGGCUGCAAGGUGUGGAACUCGGGACUUACCUCAUCAAGCGGGUUGUAAAAGAGCUGCAGAAAGAACUUCCUCAGAUAAAAGCUUUUUCUACUCUCUCACCUAUCCCAGGAUUCACAAAAUGGCUUGUUGGUCUCCUCUCCUCACAAACAAAAGAACUGGAAAGAAAUGAACUUUUUACAGAAUCGGAAAGGCAAGAAAUCUCCAAGAUCACAGGAGACUCUACUACUGAAACACUAAAGAAACUCUUAAAUAACAAUGAGUGGAUGAGAUCAGAAAAAUUAGUUAAAGUGCUCCAUUCACCAUUUAUGAGACUCUGUGCCUGGUAUUUGUAUGGAGAGAAACAUCGUGGCUAUGCUCUUAACCCAGUAGCAAAUUUUCAUCUUCAGAAUGGCUCUGUGAUGUGGCGGAUAAACUGGAUGGCGGACACAAGCCCUCGGGGCAUUGCUGCUUCUUGUGGCAUGAUGGUAAACUACCGGUAUUUCUUAGAGGAUACAGCCAAUAAUAGUGCAGCGUACCUGGGGACUAAACAAAUUAAAGCCUCAGAGCAGGUUCUUUCCUUGGUGUCUCAAUUCCAGCAAAAUAGCAAGCUUUAAUGAAAUAUUAUGAAAACUAAGAACAAGUUUUACCUCCACUGUAAAGAGCUGUAGUAUUUUGCAGUGUCUAUGUUUAAAUGAGAAUGUCCCUUGUAAAACAAAUUUACUCAGCACAGUACGGUGCAAAGUUACCUAGAUUAUUAGUUGUCUUUCUUACGUUGCC